AUGUCUCUGGUUUUUCUUUAUGCUUUGAGUGUUGCAGCAAAGAACUAUGCCAUCUUAAUGAAUUCGUCACGGGGAUUCCACAACUACAGACAUAUGGCAAAUGUAUAUAUUUUCUACAAUGUCCUAAAAGAGAACGGGUUCAAGGACGACCAAAUCCUGAUCAUCUCGUACGAGAAUCAAAUCGAAGACAUCCGAAAUGUAGACCGGGGUGGAGUUUACAUCGAUGAGGAUCAGAGGAUUCCCUACUCUGCAUUCACACCAAGCAGCAAUGCUCUUGCAGAUCUUCUUAAUGCGCUUGAGGGAAGGAAUAUCAAGCUGAAGGAUGCAGAUGAGUCCUCUAAUGUCUUUAUAUAUCUCAAUGGGCAUGGAAACGAGACAUUCCUGAAGUUUGGAAACAUUCACUUUAUGACUAAAGAUGACUUGAUGGCAAGGAUAUUGAAGUUGGCUGAAAGAGUCAACAAGAUUCUGCUUGUGCUCGACACGUGCCAGGCCGAAGCUUUAAUUGAUAGAGAGAUUCUGCCUAGUAAUGUAUUUAUAGUGGCCACGAGCAAGACGGGGCAGCCGGCCAUUUCCUCAUUUAGCUCAUCACUUAUAUGUGCAAAUGUUUCCGAUAACUUCCCGUACUUUUUCUUCAAGAGAUUUGGAAAGGGGAUUGACAGGAAGAUCAGACUUCCCGAUCUAUUUUCCGAAAUUGCCAAAGAGCCUCUUGGAUCGGAGCUUGUGUUUGACGAGGAAAAAGACUUCAGGUUUGAGGACUUCUUUGUGCAAAACAACAGUGCAGAGCUUCUUCCCUUCAAGGAAAGAUGA